AUGUCUUCCUCCAAUACCAGUUCCACAGACUCAGCAAAGCAGCACCCCGACAGUUUCAAAAACGCCUCCUCUUCCUCUCACAAUUAUCUAACCAUUGACCCUAGUAUUGCCGGGAUUCAACCAGACUUCAAUCCAUUUGAAGACUCCCAGAAAUUUCAAUUUGACUCUCGUUCAAUAAACUCUCUGAACUCUUAUAUACCUCUCCAUACAAUGUAUUCUCAGAGACGUUCAAAGAGUCGGUACAGUAGCACUUCUAAUUGCAGCAAUGACGAAGAAGAUGAUGAUGAAGAUUUGAUUGCCUUUGAUGGCCAAAAUCGCUCAGAAAAUGGAAGCACAAACCAAACCCCUUUGCUUGAAGGAGAACAUGCUGACCCUAACUUUGAUUUUGAUACUGACACAUUACAAAUCUACAAUCAAAGUAAGUAUCGUAAUGAUAUUUGGUCAAAACUUAAAAGGGCCAUGUUUUUCAUUAGGAUUUCUACUUCUGGUGGUUUUAAACAACAAAAGAGCAAUAUAUCUUUACCAAUAACAGAACCUCAACCAAAAACCAGAGAUAUUUACCCAGGUAUGCCAGGCCAUGAACAAUACCCUUCUAAUGCGAUCAGUAAUGCCAAAUAUAAUGCAAUCAGUUUCUUACCAAUAAUUCUUUAUGAACAGUUUAAAUUUUUCUUCAACUUAUACUUUUUGUUGGUGGCUUUGUCCCAAGCGGUUCCGGUGCUUAGAAUUGGGUAUUUAUCUUCAUAUGUGGUCCCAUUAGCGUUUGUGUUAUUUGUCACAAUGAGCAAAGAAGCAAUUGAUGAUAUUCAACGUCGUAGACGAGAUAAAGAGCAAAAUAAUGAACGGUAUGAAAUUGUUAACAAUGGAACAACAGAGAUUAUGCCAAGUAGAUUGGUGAAGGUUGGCGACUUGGUGAGGUUACAUAAAGGCAAGAGAAUUCCUGCUGAUAUGAUUUUGUUGCAAUCAAGUGAAACCUCAGGCGAAUCUUUUAUCAAAACAGAUCAAUUAGAUGGUGAGACUGAUUGGAAAUUGAGACUUGCGGUACCGCCAUGUCAGAAAGCAACUCUCAACCAACUAAAUGAUAUUCAUAUUACAGCAGAUGCACCAAAUAAAUCAAUUCACUCAUUCUAUGGGAACUUAAACUUUCAGGAUCAACAAUUGCCUUUAUCUGUCGACAAUACUCUUUGGGCAAACACAGUUUUGGCAUCGGGUACUGCAAUUGGGUGCGUCAUUUACACUGGCUCCGACACGAGACAGGCAAUGAACACUUCUCGCCCAGGGGUCAAAGUUGGAUUGUUAGAAUUGGAAAUAAAUAGCUUAUCUAAGAUCUUAUGUCUCUCAGUGUUUUUGUUGUCUUUUGUGUUAGUUGCUUUACAUGGUUUUGACAAAACUUGGUAUGUUGAUGUCAUGAAAUAUUUGAUUUUAUUCUCAACCAUUAUUCCAGUGAGUUUAAGGGUCAACUUGGAUUUGGGAAAAUCCGUUUACGCUUACCAAAUUGAACAUGACAAAUCUAUUCCAAAUACGGUGGUUAGAACCAGUACCAUUCCAGAAGAUUUAGGACGAAUUGAAUAUUUAUUGAGUGACAAAACUGGAACUUUAACUCAAAAUGAUAUGGAAUUGAAAAAAUUACACUUGGGUACAGUUUCGUAUGCUAGUGACUCAAUGGAUAUCGUUACUGAUUACGUGAAGAAGAAUAGCUGGUCUGCAGAUAAUAAUUCUAAAUCUAGAAUUUUGGAUCAAUCAAUAAAAUCCCGGCGUAACAUGGGUCAACGUGUUUAUGAUUUGAUUCUUACCUUAGCCCUUUGUCAUAAUGUUACACCAACAAUUGACGAUGAUGACGGAGAGUUGACUUAUCAAGCUGCGUCUCCUGAUGAAAUUGCAAUAGUGAAGUUUACUGAAUCUGCUGGUAUUUCUUUGGUUAAAAGAGACCGUACUUCAAUGACAGUGUUACAGCAAAGCAACCACAUACAAUUAAAUUAUGAUAUUUUGCAAGUUUUUCCAUUCAAUUCAGAUUCAAAAAGAAUGGGAAUUAUUGCCUUUGAUAAACAGAAGAAUGAAUAUUGGUUUUUGUUGAAGGGUGCAGACUCGGUGAUGAAAAGUAUUGUCGCCCAUAGUAUUUGGUUAGAUGAAGAAGUGUCCAAUAUGGCCAGAGAAGGUCUUAGAACUUUAGUUAUAUCUAGAAAAAAAUUGAGUAAAACUACUUACGAAACUUUCAAAAAGAAAUUCCAAGAAGCGUCGUUACUCGUCUCCAACAAUCGUGAUCAAAUGAUGGCAAAAAUUGUCAGCCAAUAUUUGGAGUUUGAUAUGGAACUACUCGGAUUAACCGGGGUUGAAGAUAAAUUACAAAAGAAUGUGAAAUCAUCAAUUGAAUUACUUGGAAAUGCCGGUAUUAAGAUUUGGAUGUUAACUGGUGAUAAAGUGGAAACCGCAAAAUGUGUGGCUAUCAGUGCGAAAUUAAUAUCCAGAGGACAAUAUGUUCACACGAUCACAAAAGCUACGAUUAACAAUGCAUUGAAUUCAAUUGAAUAUUUGAAAAAUAAUAGAAAUUCUUGUUUAUUAAUUGAUGGUGAAUCUUUGGGAAUAUUUUUGAAGCAUCAUCAAAAGGAGUUCUUCGAUAUUGUUAUACAUUUGCCGUCAGUUAUUGCUUGUCGUUGUACUCCUCAACAGAAAGCUGAUGUUGCUCUAAUGAUCAGACAAUUAACUAAUAAAAGGGUAUGCUGUAUCGGUGAUGGUGGUAAUGAUGUCAAUAUGAUCCAAUCAGCAGAUGUUGGGGUUGGGAUUGUAGGGAAAGAAGGGAAACAAGCUUCUUUGGCUGCUGACUUUUCUAUUAUGCAAUUUUGUGAUUUGACAAAAUUGUUGUUAUGGCAUGGAAGAAAUUCUUACAAAAGAUCAGCCAAAUUGGCACAAUUUGUCAUUCAUAGAGGCUUGAUCAUUUCAAUUUGUCAAGUUGUGUUUUCCGUCAGCUCUCAAUUCGAACCUUUAGCUUUGUAUCAAGGGUGGUUGAUGGUUGGUUAUGCCACUUUAUAUACAAUGGCACCAGUGUUUUCUAUGGUAUUAGAUACCGAUGUUAGUGAAAAUUUGGCAUAUUUGUAUCCGGAAUUAUAUAAAGAAUUGACUGCUGGAAAGUCGUUAUCAAAGGUGUCCUUUCUUCUUUGGUGUAUCAUUUCGUGUUAUCAAGGUUCAAUUAUCCAGGUUUUCUCUCAGUUAUUUACCAGUGUUCUGGAAGCAGAUUUUUUGAAAAUGGUUGCAAUUAGUUUCACUGCUUUAAUUCUUAAUGAAUUGCUAAUGGUAGCCAUUGAAAUCAACACUUGGAAUAAAACUAUUUUCCUUUCUGAAAUUAUCACUUGCUUGAUAUAUUUCUCUUCCAUUCCAUUUUUAACUGAGUACUUUGACUUGAAGUAUGUUAAGAGUGUUGGAUUUGUUUGGCAAGUUAUAGUGAUUGUAUCUAUAGCGGUGGUUCCGAUUUGGUCUAUUAGGGCCCUUUAUAGAAGGUUAAACCCACCAAACUAUGCUAAAGUGCAGUCAUGA